AUGGCUACAGUAUUGGUGUCGGGAGCUAGUGGCUUCAUAGCUCUCCACAUUGUGGACAUACUUCUCAAGAAAGGUUACACUGUAAUCGCUACCGUGCGGACCACGGAAGAGGCUGUUGCCCUGCACGCCAAAUUCGAGCAGAUCCAUCCGGGAGCCAAGCUCACCUUCGAGAUUGUACCCAAUAUUGCUGCCAAUUUUGCGUUCGAAGAUGCUCUCAGAGGCCAUCCCGAGAUCGAGUAUGUGAUACACACCACCAGCAUAGCCUUUGGGGUUGGAGAGGAUGCAGAAUCAGUUUUCUUGAAGCCUGCAGUUAAUAGUACCGUAAACAUGUUUGCGUCGAUUAAGAAGUGGGGAAAAAGCGUGAGACACGUGGUUUUUACGUCUUCUCUGGCUGCCAUUAUGCUCACUGACAAGAUUCAGGACUCGGGUUUCGUCCACACGGAAGAAACCUGGAACGACAUGGACUGGGAUGAGGCAAAGACCAAUCAGACGAGUGCAUAUUGUGCAGCAAAGACCCUGGCAGAAAGGGCUGCAAGAGAAUUUGUGAGAAAGGAGGAUGUUAAAUUUACACUCUCAACUGUCAAUCCUACCUAUGUUCUUGGACCUCAACUGUUCCAGGAAGCCCAAGCAGACAAGUCUCUGAACGCAGCAUCUCAAUUGAUUAACCAGGCUCUCAAUUUGGAUCCCUCUUCCAAUGGUCCAUUUGACAGCCCUUCCGGGCUGGCAGUUGACGUAAGAGACGUUGCUCUGUUUCAUGUACUUCCUCUGGAGGACCCUGAAAAAUUUGCCAAUUCCAGACUCUUCAUGGCCCAGAGCAAGUUCUGUCUCCAGACAAUUCUCGAUGUGAUCAGAAGAAACUUUCCUGAGCUGCAAAGUCAAGUUCCCAAAGGCGACUCAAAGGCUGGAGAAGAUGUUUUGAAAACGACAGUAAUGAACUUCGAUAACUCCAAGACUCUGGAGCUUGCGGAUGCUACUCUAAUCUCAUUUGAAAAAACCAUUUGCGAUUCAGUUAGGCAGGUCAUUGAUAGCAGAAGAGAUCGAGCAGAUUUGAGAGCAAAUGCUGCCAAAGCGGACGCUACGAAUGUUGAGCCGGAGGCUACUUCUGCUUAG